AGACAGCGCGUUGGUGUCUUCUCUGAUUCAAUCAACUGCAAUGUGUCGAUGCACAUAUUGUCGAAUAGUUAUCAUAGAAAAAAGAGCAACGUUUCGCAGGUGAGAAUUCCAAAUAAUUGAGAGAACAACAAACUGGUAAAAAACAAAUAUUACAUAGCCACUUGUUGAGAUUUGCAACCAAUAAAGAUGAAGUGAAAGAAAAAGGUUCUGAAUAUGGGAAGACCGAGUUUCGUGCUUAGUCAGCAUGAUCGUCUUUGCUCAGGUCAUUUUACUCAAUGAUUUUACUGCAGAAUGCUUCAAGCACUGGCGAAAUUUUACAAGAAUUUACAAAGGUCGUACUCCGACAAUUUUUGCAAAGAUGCCUCGACCACACUGUACGGGUCUGCUCGUGCUAACGAGCGAGCGCAGCACGAGCAAAGCGUCGAGCGGUAUCCAUGAAGCAUAAACACUGUUCAGAGAAGACGCUCUAACUGGCCAUUCACUAUCAGGCCUACACACGCCGAUUAUCAGUGCCAUAGCCAUGCCAUAGCCUACAGUGCCAAUUUUGAAGGGCGAGGGGCGAAACCACAGAACUAUACUGGUAUAGUUCACAAACAGAAGCUGCGCAUGCGUCUGGCUCGUGAUGAAAUGUAUUUACUUCGUUUGAUUUAUGUUUUAUUAUUUUUAUCCUGAUUGAUGAUAGAAUAACAAUGCAUGCACGAUAACAUUGGGUGGAUUACAAUUUUAAGAAACAAUGAAAUUCGUUGUCAAUUCUCGACGAGUGACAGACAAAAUUAAAGAUCACUACUGCGCGUCAUUGAGCAUACAGCUCAACCCAGAAGUCCUCAGUUUUUCCUAUAUUAUGGCGACGGGAGAAGCGUUCCAUCGACGAUUCAGUGAUAUAUGCCGGCUUUGCUUGAAGCAGGACGGGGUUAUGGCACCUAUUUUUCGAACUUUGGAUGCCGAGGAGGGCGAUUGUUCCCUUGCUCAAAGAAUCGCUACUAUUGCACGUGUGCAGAUUCACAAGGGCGAUGGCUUACCAGCACUCAUUUGUCACCAAUGCCGCCAUCAGGUGGAAAAGUCGUACAAUUUUCGACUACUUGUGGAGAUUUCUGACCGCACAUUACGAAACCGUUUGGAAACGGUGCAGGCUGAAAAGUGUGAGAAACAGAUCAUAAAACAAGAAUGUUCCGAUCAAAAUAUGGAAUUUGCAAAUGAAGAGGAAAACAUGGAUCUAGAACAGUUCCUGUUGCAGAAUAAUCUACCAAACUCUGACAUAGAUCCAUCUGCCAUUAACGUUAUUCUGGUACAAUCCGAAGAUGGCAGUCACAUGUUGAAUAUAUGUAGUAUUGACGAUUCCAAGGAGAUUGAGAAUCUAGGCGACUCGAAUGAAAUUAAAGACGAGUAUUUGUCAAACACUGAGAAGGAAGAUGAUCCAAUUGCAUGUGAAGCGUCUGGAGAGAAUGAGAGCACCUUGGAGUUGGAUGAUUUGGAGGGGAUAAGGCAAUUGUUAGGUUCCGAAAACGUUCAGUCUCUGCGUGCAGAACCUCAAGUUCAGAGGGUGUACACUUGCAACGUUUGUAAUGAAAUGUUCUUGAGCAAUGCUCGGUUAAAAGAUCACCUUCUAAUGGCUCAUGCAGGAGACAGCGAAGAUUUGGACGUGUACACAACGUCCAUAAGCUGCCAAUUAUGUUUUGAGGUUUUUGAGACUCUACCAGAUCUGAAAAACCACAUUAUUGAACACUUUAAUGAUGGUAGAAAUCUGGAUGGUAUUAAGGCUGAGCCAAAUUCUGGUGAAGCGGAAAAAGAAGUAGACAAUACUGAUGAUAUUGAUAAUGUUCGUCAUGGUAAUUAUCAAUACGUGUUGGAAACCUCAAAGGAUAAUGCAAUCUAUUCAGAAACACCCUUGCAUGAUAGCUUAGAGCUUGACAUGGUCGAACAUGCUCCCAUAGAUGAUAUAAUUGAAAUAACUACUGACGGAAGCAUUGAAAACAGCACUCGAGAGAAAUUCAAUUCCGAUAAUGACUUAGUGGCUUUAGCACUGAAUUUAGGAGUGAAUAAUGAUACUGAUUCUACAUCCGACGUUUUUUAUUGCGUAGAAGAGUAUGCAACGGAUCACGUAAAGUCUCGACCUUCCGGUAAUUUUCCCUGCACGCAGUGCAGCAAGACGUUUACACACAAACAUGAACAUACUUUACAUCUCAGAAGACAUCUUGGUAUAAAGCCCUUUAAAUGUACUUUUUGUGAUAAAGCAUUUAUUACUAAUGCGCUGAAAAAAGAACACGAAAGAAGUCAUACCGGAGACAAAGUCUUCGUUUGCCUUAUAUGUGGUAAGGGUUUUAUCAAGAAAUCCGAACUCAAAUACCACGAAGGUAUUCAUAGCGAUGCUCCGUCCACUUGUAAUAUUUGUAAUAAAAAUUUUAUAAACGUGCAAUCCUUGAAAAUGCAUAUGAGACGACACGUAUUAGGAAGUAGGUACGUUUGUGAGACGUGCGGUAAAAGUUAUUACACUAAUUCAGAAUUGGCCAGACAUGUACAGGUGCAUUCAGGUAAACGAGAAUAUCCUUGUCAUUUGUGUCAGACCUCGUUUCUUUCACGUCCAGAACUGAACCGGCAUUUGAACUAUCAUAUCGGGGAAAAAAAAUUUAAAUGUAAAAUAUGCUCCAAAUCGUAUUUCGAAUCAGGACAUUUAAGAAUACAUCAAAGAGUACAUACUGGCGAGAAACCUUAUGCCUGUACUAUCUGUAACAAGGCUUUUGUCACUAAACCAAAGUUGGCGAGGCAUGAGAAAAUUCAUGCAAAAGAACGAAUAGGCGAUUGCCGUACUGUUGCCAGUCAUCAAAGAGAGGUUAAAGAGACUAAAACUAUACUAUAAACAGGUUUCCAUACCUAUAUUAUUCGUAGUGCGUGAAAAUGAUGGUAAAGAACCGGUUGCGUUCCGAAGUAAUGUGUAUUCUGAUACUUACAUUAGAGAUAAUUUAGGGGAGACAAUGACAUAUUUUGGAUUUUUGUUUUGUUUCUGUUUUCUGGAACAUUGUCGGCCAAGUAUGACUCACAAUACAUACUUCCAUAUUAUUGCAACCAUUAACCAUCCAUAUCCUAUGUAGGAUAUUGUUUUAUUAAUAAAUGCACCUUUCAUUCCUCAUAAUCAUGUCGACACUGUGGUCGGAAUUUAUUUUACUACAGAUAAGAUGUGACAUCGCAGUUCGUCGCUAGGAUGACCUGCAUUCUCCAUUUAUCGAUCUAAUUGUAAAGCGAAGACGUUCAAAUAAAUCAAUAUACUGUAGCCAUAA